AUGGCUGGCGAACUAAACGCGGCACCGGUUCUGUCCACACCGGAAGAUCACCUAUUCGAAUACGCAGUGGUCCCGACCGAUGACCAGACCAAGGCGAGAUCAGAUGAUGAACUCCGCGACAUCUACGAAAUCACAAGGACAGCGAAGGAAGUUAGAGAGGGAGGAUGGAGGAAAAUUGGCCUACAGUUUUCCGACCAUAUGCUUUGCGAUGCCCCCAGAGUUGUCCAACUUCUAGAAGCAGAGCUUGCUUCUCUACCACAACCGACAGUGCCGACGUCUACCGCAGACUUGCAGUCAACGGCGACAGCCUGCCCCGAGCCCUCCACCACGAACAACGGACAAUGCGGUCGCAAUGUCCAACAAAACGGUACAGGGUGUGGAUGUGGUAAACAAGCUCCCGCCCCGGUGGAAUCACAGCCCAAGGCCCGUCGGGUAUACGUCCUCGCCGAUACCUCGUACAGCGCCUGCUGCGUCGACGAGAUUGCCGCCGAACACGUUAACGCUGAUGUCGUUGUCCACUACGGCCGCUCGUGCCUCUCGCCUACUUCCCGUCUUCCCGUAAUCUAUGUCUUUACCAAGCACAUCCUCGACCGCGAUGCUGCCCUCGCCGAAUUCGAAAAGGAAUACCCAGAUAAAGAGGCCAAGGUGGUCCUCAUGGCCGACGUUACAUAUCAAAUCCACGUCUUGUCAUUAUUGUCCGAGCUCCAAGGCCGUGGUUAUGUCAACUUGCUAGCCACCGAGAUUGUUCACAACCCCAUGGGCAGGAUUCCAAACAGAAAAGUCGUGGACGUCCAAGGCAAAGAGGUGGAAAUCAGCCAUGGCAGCGAAACCUCGACGGGUCUGGAUCUCCGAGAUUACUCCAUUUUCCACAUCUCCCAACCGCCAACCGCGCUCCUCCUCGCCCUGUGCUCCAGAGUUAAGAACCUUUACAUCUUCCAGACCUCUUCUGACAGCUCCUCGCUGUACUCCGCUCAGCGCCUCCUUGGUCGCCGUUACGCCCGCCUCCUCUCCCUGACAACGGCUGGCAUUAUCGGCAUACUUGUCAACACCCUCUCCGUUUCCAACUACCUUUCCUCUAUCGAUAGCAUCCGCAAGCAAAUCGCUGCUACCGGGAAGAAAAGUUACACAAUGGUGGUUGGAAAACUGAAUCCAGCCAAGCUUGCCAACUUUGCUGAAAUUGACGGCUGGGUGGUGGUCGGCUGCUGGGAGAGUUCUCUUAUUGAGGAUGAUGCUGGCUUCUACAAGCCCGUCAUCACGCCCUUUGAGCUCGAGCUCGCCCUCGCCAGUGACGAUGAAAGAGUUUGGACCGGCGAGUGGUGGGGUGGCAUCGAAGCUGUCAAGCCACCAAUCGACGAAAAGCCUGAGGAGAAGAAGUCCGAGGACAAUGAGAACGACGAAACGCAAGAUACAGCCGAUACCGAGCAAGCCUCUGGUGAUGGCGAAUUGGACAGCGAGGAGGAGUCGGCACCACCCGAGUUUGACUGGAGGACAGGAAAACUUGUCAGCCAUAGUAGGCCCAUGCGCAUGGCCGCGUCGAAACCCAAGAGUGCAAAGAAGGAGGAUUCGUCUGAAAAACCAGAUGCGCCGCCACGGUCAAGCGCCUUGACCCUUAGAUCCAAAGCCCAGGAGUUGGCAUCCGUCAAUGGCGUCGUUAGUCCUGGUGCAGAGUAUCUUCGUACUCAGCGGACAUGGGUCGGUUUGGGUACCGAUUUUGACGAGGAGGCCAGCAUGACGAUUGAAGAAGGUAGAGGCGGAGUGGCUAGAGGUUACACGGUUGGCGGAGAAGGAGAGAAGCACUUGAUGUCCUGAAGAAGAGGGCAUUUGAUCUAGGUAGCCGCGAUUGGACACAAAUAUUGGUGGGAGUGAAACCCACAGAACAGUGAAUGGAUUGGAAAGACCUUGGACUCACGAGCGCGAUGUUGGGACCACGGACACGACUCAGUUAUUGGGUUUCUUCCUCACUUGGGACCU